AUGACACAGAAAGACAAGACUUACAAGAAAAGAGACAGCAUUGACUGUAACACAGGGUGGAACAAUAGCCUGAAGGAGAUCGGGCUUUUGCUACCCAUUUCUGGGACAGCCAGUGGUCAAGGACUUAAUAAGAAAGAAACACUGAUCCACAUGCUGCAAUACUUUGACUAUCUUCAGAGUCAUAUUCAGAAUUUACAGAGCAGCCUCCCAUCCUACUGCCUUCCAAACAACAGUGACAGAGUUCUGAUAGUUCUGUUUUUUUGUUGGUUAAUGUAUGUAUUAAUAGUUUUUGUGUAUGUGUGUGUGUGUGUGUGUAUGUGUGUGUGUGUGUGCAUGGAAGAAUCUGAGUCAGAGAGUGAAGACACGCCUCUCUCAGAGCCCAACACGCCUCCACAUUUACUCAAGGCGAAGCGCAAGUACAGCUGUACUCGCUCACGCAAGAAAACCACAUCUAAUCCAGAACCUUUUGAUGACAGCAGUCUUCAUAAAGGAGAUGCUUAUAGACAUGUCACAGCCAACACAUACAGAGAGUAUCCCCCUAUGGGGAGUUCUGAUAAAGGAAUGUGCUUUAUUGACAAGAGCAACAGCAACACACACACAGAUUCUUCUGAUUCCUACUACAGUGCACUGUUGCCAGCAACAUCGUCUUCCAGAACAGGAAGCAGUGUGGAUCAGGAAUCCCCUUGUCAAGGACUUGGAAGCCAGUGUUCUGUCUGUGAGGACAGGACAGGAAGUGAGGAUGGGAGCUUGGGAAGCAAUGACCUUGAUACUCCACCUUCUGGGUCCUUUCUUUUGAAAGACAGGAUGCUUGGAAUUCUCCCUUCUUUGGGGAAUAAGCAGUUGCCUGCUAGCCCCACACUCCCACAGACACCUGUACUACCAUUCCUCCCAUUGCUGGGAGCUGGGGAGGGCCUGAAUCUUAGCCCCUCUCUGCUCACAUCACCAGCUCGUGACCUCAGUCACCCACUACUACCCAACAGACAAGAGGAGCUGCAGACAUUAUUUGAAGAUGUAUGGGUGACUUCUAAACCUACUGAUCUCAAAGCACCCAGUUUGCAACGCAAAUCUCCAGAUGAGUCAGAAGAUGACAGAGGUUCGGAUUAUAUAAACUGGACCCCAAAACAAUGCAUUCCUGAGAGGACAGCAACAAAAGCUCGUCGCAGAAGAUUCUUCAACAAGAGCCAGGAUGUUACAAACCCUAACCUGAAGAAGAAAUGUGUGAAUGGCUUUAUCAUGUUUUGCAGAGUGAACCGGAGAUUGUAUCUUAGAACGCAUCCUGGCACUCCUUCGACUGUGGUUACCAAAGAGCUGGCCAAAUUGUGGCAUAUAAUGCCUAAGCAAGAGAGACGUUUGUACUGCCUGAAAGCAAGGCACUUCAGUCGCCAGCAAAACCGUAAUGUGCGUAGUGAAGGAUGGGAGGCAGAUGAGGAAGCAGAGGACUUUAUCCUAAGCCCUCUGAAUAUGUUACUGGCACACAGAGAUUUGUACUUUGCCUCCAGGGGAAAGCCUUGAGCAAACUUGUUCUUUACCCUUGUGUUGCAAAU